AGAGACGGAAAUUUUGCUUCCAUUUCAGAGGCAAAUCUCUUGUCUUAAACACUAAACCCUAGCUCUUCGGCUCUUCCUUGAACCCACGCGACACAUUCUCGAGAAAUGGAGUUCUAUUGUGGACUGUGAGUGUGGAAUCUACGUUGCUUCGUCGAGCUGUUCUUGAUUGGAUUCGCAUUUUGUAGAUGGAGGGACUGAAGCAAGGCCUUCGUUCGCUUUCGAAAGAUAAAGAGCUGACCUCUUCCCUCUCUUCCUCCAACAGAGCUUUCGCCGGCCCAACAUACUCCGGCGACCAGUCUGCCGUAUUGGUCACCCGAGCUCCCAGGCAAGUAGUUUCAUUGUGGACAUGUUCAAAGCUUUGUGCUCUUGGAUUUGCUGUCGGUGUUGUCGUUGGCUUCACACUGAAGCAACGUCUUAGACGAUGGGCUGCCAGAAUUCUCAGGCGAAUGAAGGAUGAUUGAAGCCACUAAUUCCUUUGAUUAUGCUGUUAUUGUCCUCUUCGUAUUCACUGGUUAUUGGAUUUGCUGUUGGUUCAGAAUUUAGUUUGUUGGAUUCAUAGGUUACCUAGAAGAAACCUGUGUGUGGGUUCUGCAUCUGGUAAGACAUAUGAUAUAUCCAGCCAUACUCGUGGCGUCCCAAAGGUAUUGGGUAUUCUUGUUGCUGUUGCCAUGGAAUGUUAUACAUGUGUCCGUCAAGUGCUUUGAUCUAUCUGAUAAUUCAUAGCGGGAGUGGAUGUUUUGGUUUCUGGGGAAUAUCUAUUGCAGGUUGCUGCGCAUGACCUCUUUCGUAUCAGUAGUUAAGGAGUCAUUUUGAAGAUCAUUUAAUGUUCCCCCUCCCGUUUCUCAUGGUCUUUUUUUUUUUCUUCCUGUGAAGCAGUAAUGGAUUUUCUUCUGUUCUAGAGUAACCAAUUUUGUCCAUUAAAUUUGAGGUUCGGUUCUGUCAAAAA